UCUCUCUCUCUAUAAAAUUUCUUUCAUUUUCUUUUCCCCUCAGUCCAGCGCUGGUCCUCGCAUUCUCUGCUUCAAACUCAAGCACGAUCGAAAAUGGCAAACGCAGCAUCUGGGAUGGCUGUUCACGACGAUUGCAAGUUGAGAUUCUUGGAACUGAAGGCGAAGAGGACUUACCGCUACAUCAUCUUCAAGAUAGAGGAGAAACAGAAGCAGGUUGUUGUUGAAAAAGUAGGUGAGCCAACUGAAACCUACGAGGACUUCGCUGCUAGUGUCCCUGCUGAAGAAUGUCGCUACUGCAUCUACGAUUUCGACUUUGUGACUGCAGAGAAUUGCCAGAAAAGCAAGAUUUUCUUCAUUGCUUGGUCUCCUGACUCCUCAAGGAUCAGAAGCAAGAUGAUCUACGCCAGUUCAAAGGACAGGUUCAAGAGGGAGCUAGACGGGAUUCAAGUCGAACUGCAAGCAACCGAUCCAACUGAAAUGGGCCUUGAUGUCAUCAAGAGCCGUGCCAUCUGAGUGAACAAGCAUAGGCAGGUGUCUCGUGCAAUGCCUGCCUACUGUUUGUUCAAAGGUAAACUUGGGUAUAACCGUAUAAGUAGUCGCCAAGUACUCGGUAUACUGUUUCUUAUAACUUGGAUGCAAUUUAUGUUUGUUUUGGUAUAUGAUGUUUUCAAGUGUUGCAGCUGUAGUUUUAAUCUACAGGCUGAUAUUGUAACAAUCUGGGAGGUGUAAGACUAGCAUGUUUUGGUAUGAUAUAUUUGACCACUGGCUUUAUUUCUGAUUUAAA